AUGGCCAGCGAAAAUUCCGAGGAUUUGGCUGUUAGGGACAACAGCUUUCCCAUUGACUAUAGCUUUACGAUCGAAUUCAUGGUCGCACAGGAGCUGCCGGAUUUCGAUUACAGCUCUGGUACGGAGGAGCCGCAGGAUUCGCGAUUUGAAAACCUUUGGGUCUGUCCCGCCGAAGAACAAGAUCCGUGUACUGCUAUCCUGGGCAGGUGCAGGGACUUGCUGACGAAUGAGAACGAGGCCGUGGCCGUCUGUGAGGACCCUUCAGCCCCCGAUACUACGGUCACAUAUUUCUCUCGUGAGGAUGGACCGCCCAUGGGCUUAGGGGGCCACUGGUUUAUCGAACCUUCUCCCACGACUUAUUCAAGGAGACACAGCCCUAGGAUGUAUGAAUGGUAUGGCGUGCGGCUUCGCAGUCCAACGUACCGCGAGCUGGAUCUCAUGAAUAGGAUGCGGCCAGUCAAAUGGAUCCUUGGGUUGCUGCGAGAGGCACUUGUCAUCCAUGUCAACUCGACAUGCAGAUUCAACGUUCAUGUCAAGCCCGCACUCACGCCAAUUUCUCUGCUCACUGCUAAAAAGCUGACGACACUUGUGUGGGUUCUCGAAAAGGAGCUGCUUGAGCGCGUCUGUCCCAAUUCUUACGGGUUGCCGUAUCCUCACGUCAAAACAUUGGAGACGUGUUCACGAAUUGCGAGUAUGGUCUGGUAUGGCUCUGGGGGAAGAGUCCGUCAACAAGAUCCCCUUAGGGCUGCUAUCUCGAAACAACAUCUUCCCCAGCUACGCGACAUGGAUCUUUUGACCAGGCUCGAACUCGUGUGGGAUGCUAACUCGACUGAAGAGCUCGCUAAGGGUCUCCUUGGGACUAAUGGCGCUGCUACAUCGUUUGCUAUACCGCCUGCGGGAAAAUAUUCUCAUGGCCCGACGUUUGAGUUCCGUUAUAGCCUCUGGCAUCCUUACGACCAACUAGACGUAUCCGCGUACUGGAUUGAGCUGUCUAUACGUCUCUUGCGGGCUACAGCGCGCAAUGGCGACAAGUUCAAGCAGUACAUCUCACAACUCGAUGACUUGAUACAUGGCUUCUCAGUUAACAGCACGCCCGCGGCAGAUCGAUGGAAGGCGCUUUCGUCAACGCUUGGAUUAACCGAGGAAUGGUCGGCUCCCUUGGAGACCAUCGUGGAGCACUACAAGAAUGGCCAGCGGCUGGCUUAUCGAUGGAUUGAUAGGCAGGAGUUUCUGAUAUCACGAGACGGUGGCCACUGA